GCACGCCGCAAAAUGGAAACAACCAGCUAGCAACCAGCUAUUAGUCUACCGCUGUCUCUUCUCCACUUCACCACCCACCGAAUACUAGACGCUCCAUCAAGUCCCUAUUCCCUCUUUCUGGCGUUCACAACGGGUGUAAUGGCAACUACUAUCAAAAAGUUGUUCUAUGGAAAAGACACCCCACCCCCCCCUUACGAAACUAGUUCCUUCAGCGCAAUACUUGGGGCUACUCCCCCGAAACCGGAGAAUAGCCCGCGAAUCUUGAUAAUUGGAGCUGGAUCACGGGGGCGCGCCUAUGCAAGGUCGAUCGCUACGGCCACAAACGGAACAGUUGUUGGCGUUGCGGAGCCGGAUGGGUAUAAGCGGAGGAUGCUUGUUCAGGAGUAUAACAUCUCUGGUGAGCUAGUGUUUGCUUCGUGGACGGAGCUCGUCGGAGAGCACAAGGGGCUAGUCAUGAGUCGGGUAGACGGUGUUUGUGUUUGUACCCUUGAUGAGACUCAUGAGGAGAUUGUGCUCGCCAUUCGACCGCUGAACUUGCAUAUCCUGUGCGAGAAGCCGCUUGGAACCACGCUCGAGUCCUGUGUUCGAAUAGCCGACACCAUUUCUGAUCCGGACCUACCUCCCGUUUUGCUGGCGGUUGGGCAUGUGUUACGGUAUUCGCCGCAUAACAUACUUAUGAAGAAGCUCGUCUGUGAGGAUAAGGCCCUCGGGGAGAUAGUUAACGUUAACCAUACCGAACCGGUGGGGUGGUACCAUUUUGCUCAUAGUUAUGUUAGAGGUAACUGGCGUAGAAAGGAAACUGCUGCUCCAUCACUACUGACGAAAUGUUGUCACGACAUCGACCUACUUCUCUGGCUUCUGUGCUCUCCCACGACUGCCGCCGCCCCUCACCUACCAUCUACUGUAUCGUCCUCAGGUUCGCUGGUGCACUUCCGACGCACCCAGAAACCUGCGAAGGCUGGCAAUGCAACCAACUGCCUCUCUUGCCCUGCUGACCUAGACUGCAUAUUCUCAGCGAAAAAAAUCUACGUAGAGAAGAACCUCAAAAAGAUGAACUUAGGCUGGCCUGUGAAGAUCGUGGUGCCAGAUAUCGAGGAAGCGAACAACAUGGGUGCCGCCGAAGCUAUGCUAUCACUAAAGUUGGGCGAAGAUUACGGAAGCGAAGGCACUAUGGUUGAUGGCGAGCAGAAGAGCUACUACGGGAGAUGCGUAUAUGAGGCUGACAACAAUGUCGUGGACAACCAAGUUGUAACCAUAUCCUGGGACGACGAUACUUCUGCCUCACCCUCUAACACCCCAGCAGGAGGUCGCGGGGCAAAAACCGCUACCCUAACUAUGGUAGCAUUCUCGGAGAAGAUCUGCGAGCGCUUCACUAGGAUCUACGGAACUAAAGGCGAACUUGAAGCCGAUAGCAAUCAGAUCAAGAUAUACGAUUUCGAGACCGGUGUGAAAAAGACUUGGAUGCCUAACCUGGACAUGGUGAGCGGUCAUGGUGGCGGUGACAGUGGGCUAGUGAGAGCGUUUGUGGAUGCCAUUGGCAGGGUGAAGAAUGAAGAAUGGGCAGUGGAUAAGGCGCAGGAAGAGGUUAUUGGUGUUACAAUUGAGGAGAUUUUAAGGAGCCAUGCUGCUGUGUUCUGGGCUGAGGAGGCGAGGGUUAGUAGGCAGAUGUUGGAGUGGGGGGAGUGGUGGUCUCAGAACGUUCGAUCUUAGUGAAUCAAAGGAUUGGUGUCUUCGGAAUGUGAGAUGGGUGGGUUCCGAAGCUACUACUCGAGUAUACAUAUUGGUUUUACAUCAUGGGAAUUCCAAACUGG